AUGGAGCACUCGUCCCCGCUGGCUGCUAUGCAGCCUCCGUCGGUCAUGUUUGGACAUUGCUUCCGGUCCGAUGUGCCAUCGUCGUAUGGGGGGUUUGGUCCCAGGUCUGGGUUCAAUCCCAACAGCUUCAACUUCAAAGACUUGUCUAUGAAGAAGGGUGACUACUUCAACAUGAAACCCGUCCGGGGUUCUUCUCCGACGGCCAGCCUUGCUGCGGACCUGUCUCAGAAUUUUCACAUCGAUCAGAGUCCCCAGUUGGCUACGCCCCGACGGUCUUUGUUCUGUAACAACCUUUUUGGGCCGGGCAAAGGACGUGAAGACUUGAUGACCACUCCUCCUCUCCAGUCCUCACCAGCACCCGCUAUGGAAAUCAUGGACAUGUCGCCAUUGCCGCACAAGCCCCCAUUCAUCGUCACCACCGACGUUGAUCUCCAGUCACCGACGCCCGACGUGGACUCGCCCAUGAGGUCUGCCGCAGCCAGUCCCCUUCAGGAUUCUCCAAUGGGGCCUCCAAGGGAAGGACUGUAUGAGAGGAAGCGUCCUACUUUUUUGCGUCCUAGUUUAGCGAAAAGCAAAGCUCAGUCUUUCCAGUUAGGCAUGACGAAACCCGCCCCCGAGAGCCAGGCUCCCCCAUUUCGAUUCCAGAGCAGAGGGAAGACAUCGAUGAGUGCUUCGACCUCGUUGGAGGAUAUGUUUGGGGAAUCACCACAAAGGGAAAGACCACUGUUGAGGAACAACUCGUCCGGAAGCGUCAUUAACAACUCGCGAUUGAGGCCCCCGAUGAACAGCCACGCACGAGGAUCUGGCUCACCGGCUUCAGGAUCGAUCCGAAAGAGCUCCCACCCGUUGAUGCGUCCCCGUAAACAAUGCAGACGCUCGUUGAGCAUGUUUGAGCACCCCGAGGAAGUUAUUGAGAAAGAGGCAAACUACACUACUACAAAUGCACCACUUCAGUCGAUCACAGACAUCGAAGGAACCCCCAGCUUAUCGCUGCCGCACUUCGUCCCGGAGGACCAGUCGGAUACAUUGCCUCGCAUCAAUAAGGCCACCUUGGUGGAACUCAUGGAUGGAAAAUUCAACGAACGCUUUGACCAGGUCAUGGUCAUUGACUGCCGUUUCGAGUACGAAUAUGAAGGUGGCCACAUCAAUGGAGCUGUUAACUACAACGAUAAGGAGUAUUUGGCUGCUGAGCUCUUCGCCGCCCCCAAGCAACGAACCGCCCUAAUCCUCCACUGCGAGUACUCGGCCCACCGAGCCCCUAUCAUGGCCAAGUACAUCCGUCACCGUGACCGUGCCGUCAACAUUGAUCACUACCCUCACCUUACCUACCCCGAGUUGUACAUUUUGGAUGGGGGGUACAGCGCAUUCUUUGCUGAGCAUCGAGUGCUGUGCUUUCCCCAGAACUACGUUGAAAUGAAUGCCAAGGAACACGAAUACGCCUGUGAGCGUGGUCUUGGAAAGGUCAAGCAACGGUCCAAGUUGAACCGGGCCCAAACAUUUGCCUUCGGUCAGCAAUCUCCCGAAAUGGAAGACAGUCCCACUGGGAGAUGCCGUAACAACGCUGGUGACCGCAACCGAUAUUUGGACUCUCCCUUUGGUGAUACCCCUACUUCGAAUCGAUUUUCUGGCCGGCGCAUGCUGUCUUAUUAA